AUGGCUGAGCUCUCAAACACAAUCACGGAUCUUAAAAGAGACAAAAUCUUCAUCCAAGAAAAACUCACAGCUGCAAAGGAAGACGCAAGUAACAAACAGAAAUCGCAUUCUCGUCAAAUGAGUGUUCUAGCUGACAAGAGUGAUGUUCUGCGAAGAAGGCUUGCUGCAAAGUUUGAGAAACUGUCACAGAUUGUUUUAGCUUCUCAGGAAGUUAGCAGUGAAUCUGUUGCAGAGAUAUUAAAGUCCACUGCAAAGGAGAUCGAGGAAAUGUGGUUUCAAAAGGAUAACUGCAUCAUCUGUACUCUUGAGAAACCAAACUGUGUGGUCAUUCCUUGCCGUCAUCAGAUUACUUGUUUCAAGUGCACAUCUUUUCUGGAAACUUGUUCUUACUGUAGAGGGCCAAUUUAUGAAAGGAUUCUUACUUAUGGCUUGUAG